AUUGCCUAAGACUUAAGAAAACCAGAUGUAACCAGCUUUCAAACGCGGAAAACCUAUCAAAUGUUUGUGCGCUUCAUGCAUUUACCCACCGUGACCGGACACCAGUCCACUUCUUUCCUUAUUAACUGUUUGCAUUUCAGAAAAUUUUGAGAAAAAUGUCAAAGCAAACUGGAUUUCAUGUCGUCACUCCACUUCUCGAGAGCACGGCCAUGUCUAAGCAGAUCGGGACCACCGUGUAUCUGAAGAUGGAGGGCUCGCAGCCCACCGGUUCCUUCAAAAUCCGUGGAAUAGGAUACAUGUGUCAAAAUGUUGCAAGUUCAAACAAGUCAAAAGGUGUCAUUUGUUCUUCAGGUGGUAAUGCUGGUAUGGCCACAGCAUAUGCAGCAAGAAAACUCAAGCUGCCAGCCACCAUUGUUUUGCCCUCGUCAACGCCCCAACUGGUAGCUCAGAAACUUAAGGACCAGGGAGCUAUGGUCAAAGUUGCGGGCAAGGUAUGGGAUGAUGCAAACGCUGAGGCCCUACGUUUGGCUGAAAGUGAAGGUCUUACUGUAAUACACCCGUUCAACCAUCCGCUAGUCUGGAAAGGCCAUUCCAGCAUUGUGCAUGAACUCAAGGCCUCACUGCCAUCCAAACCUGGAGCUAUAGUGGUGUCCAUAGGGGGGGGAGGUCUGUUUUGUGGGAUAAUGGAAGGGCUGGAUGAGGUGGGCUGGGGAGAUGUGCCUGUCCUGUGUAUGGAGACCGUGGGUGCCGAUUGUCUCAGUGUUGCUCUGAAAGCCAGAGAUCUGGUUACACUGCCUGACAUUACAAGUGAAGCGACAUGUUUGGGAGCAAAAACGGCAUGCCAGCAAGCGUUUGAGUACAGCAAACGGCCCAAUGCCAUUUCAGAGGUGGUGACAGAUCUGCAGGCCCUGGAGGCAGUGGAACUGUUCCUGGACGAGGAACGAGUGUUGGUGGAGUUGGCCUGCGGAGCGUCAUUGGCUGCAGUGUACAGCGGUGUCAUCCAGAGGCUACAGGAAGAGGGACGCCUUCCUAAACCGCUCGACUCGCUGGUAAUGAUCGUGUGUGGGGGCGGCAGCAUGAACCUGGCUCAGCUGCAGCAUCUACAGGCAGUCAUACGGAAAAGACCACAUCUGUAGAUUCUCACAUCUGAGAAAAAUGGUCAAAGCAUCUGCUUUUAGUUGCACUGACAUGUCGUGUUAAAUAAAUUAAAAGAUAAUAUGGAUAAUCUACUGUAUUUCAAACAGCUGAGAGCAAACUAUCUAUCAGAUGAGUCUGUUUUGAGCAAACAUCCAGAACUAGAAAAAAUCUUCAGAUUUUCUGUUUUAGUGAAUAAAAUCCUUGGAUGGAUUGCCUCAGAAUGUUGUCACUUACUACCGGUAACCAGCAAGUGGUGCUAAUGUCUGUCGUUUUAAUAUUUGUGUCCUGCAAGUGAACAAUGACCAGUGUUUUUUCAGGGCAGUGUACAUUAAACAAUGUAACUUUAAAAAUAUGCUAUUAGUAUUAUGUUGUAACCUUAAAGUUGAAUUAUUGACUGUAAGGGAUAAUGUACAGUCGUCUUGUCAUCAUCGCAACAUAAAUCAAAUCAUGGUGAUUAAAUCAACUUUAUGUUUUCUCUGCAUGCUAAUUAUACUGCUACAUAAUAAAAUAAAUUAAUUUAAAAUAAGACGUUUUAUUAUCUAAGACAGACAUUAAACUAUUGCCUGUGUGUAGAAGUUAAAGUGACACACAGAAAAGACCUUUCUCUUGUUCGCUUGACAACUUUCUUGUGGACAUGCAAAGUCUUCAGAUUAAUGAAAUUUAUUU